UGAUGCUUUAAAACGAGCCUCGUAUCUUAGAACAGAAUUAAGAAACAAAAAAGUGCCUCUGGUUUUCAUACUCUGUUACCACAGAUUCUUUCCUCAGGAAAAAAAAAACUGCUAUUAGCAAAAAAAACGUAUGCAGCCAUUUCACAGCUUCAUUUCCUGUCAAGUGAAGUGACAGUUCCGUAUUCAUCUCUAUAUACUUCAGUCUUUAACAAAUGCUUCAGAGGAUGCCUGGGUUCUCUAAGGACACCAUGAGGACUACUCUUUGCACACUUGUCUUCCUCUUCUCUCUACCAUGGAGUCUAAAUGGCCAUUUAACGACCAGCAAUAAGAAUACUGUGGUAACAAACACAGCAGAAAAUGCAUCAUGGCAGAGGGACUACACUACUGAUUCUGGAACAGAAAACGUGGUUUCACUUUCAAGAAGCAUUCAGACGCGACAACUUACGAGUCACUUGGAGCAGCAAGAGAUCAGGCUGAGGACAGCCAAUGGUGAAGAUGAAACAUCAAGGACAAGGAGGAAUGUACAUUAUGAUAAUUACAACUUAACUACUAUGUCGACACACCCUCAAACGCAAAAGCAGGACGAGGUAACUAAAAAGGAACAUCAAACACCAACAGAAAGUUCCCGCAGACCACAUACUACAUCUUUUUUGCAGAUAGAGAAUGCUACAGAAUUUAAUGGCUUUGCUACACCACACAAUGCCACAAGGGCAGAUGUUUCGCCAGAGGAAAAGACAAGCAGUGGACUUUCUGAGACACAGAAAGCCACUCAGGAAACACCUUCUACUUCUGAUUUCACUGGGCCCUAUGAUGCGCAAGCAAAUAAAACAGUCAUGAAUAGCAACGAUCUUCCAACAACCCAGCCCACAAUGGAGACUUCAGCCCAACCAAGCCCAAUGACUCAUGCCCACACUUCCGCAAAAGCAAAUGUGACAGAUUUCAAAGUGACUCUAAGCAACAAUGAUGCAAAAACCAAAGAGGGGAGAGAAGUCACAGACAAGUGGACAAGCACUCAAGGCCGUGAGUUUGAGACUUCAUCUAUGACUACGCCAAAGAUGAUGUUGAUGACCACUAGAAAGACAACCAAAAAGCUAAGUUCACCUUCAUUUGAAGAAAAGCAGCAAGCAAACCCAGGUCCUGUUGUGGCGGCUGUGAUCGGCACCACGUUUGUCUUUAUGUUCGUAGCGUUGAUUUUUAUCUUGUUUAGGAAACGCAAAAUCCAAAGAAAGCAGCUAGAAAAUCCUGAGUGGGCCGGACCCUCACCGUUUCUGGAAGGCGAUGUUCAACCGAGCCUGCUAAGUAUGGAGGAAUCCGAGGCCAUCAAUAGACAAGGCCAUAUGUCCGUUUCCAGAUACCUCUCCCAACGGCUCUCCAAACACAUGACAUUCGGGAGGAACACAAGUGAUGAAGUUCUCAUGGGGGACAUCCUGCAAGGAAGCACUUUUGGCAGACAAAAUCCAGAUGAGGUCCAAGCCCCCAAUGGGAACCAGACAGCUGCUCAAGACUCAACGGAGACAGAAGAAAACAAAAUCCAGGAAGGUCAAGAAUCUGUGGACUCUUCUGAUACCAAAACACCUGGGUCAGGAAGUGCACAAGAAACUGUGAUGGAGAGCAAAGAAUCAAAGCAGCCUGAUGACCUAACUGCAUCUGUGUCUUCAGGCCCGGAUACUGUAAUUAAACCUCCACCUUUAGUGUCUAUAGAUCUUGAUUCCAUUUCAGAAGAAGCAGCUCCUUUGCAAACAUCAGAUGGUGGGAUUAUUCCACCUGCUCCACCACUGCCCUAAUCUCAUGUGACUAUCUACAAACCAACCAACACACUCAUAUUUUCUUUCUAAAAAUCUAAUUAUGUAAACACGACUGCAAUCUUGACGUAUCAAAACCAAUUGUUCAGGACAUAUCGAAGAGGCUGUGGUUUUUAAUAGCCAAUAGGCCUUAAUUAUGUCACAGUUGUUAAUCAUGAUAUGCAAUUUGCCAAUCAAUGUCGGUUUAGUCUAGAGAGAAUCUGACUGGACAAAAAGCUGUGUAGUCCAUGAAGAGUCAUUCAUAUUCUUGGUCAGGGGUAUCCAAUCCUGCUCCUGGAGUAGGGCUGUGCGAUUAAUCGAAAUCGAAUCGCAAUUUGAGACGUUGCGAUUUUGCUAAUUGCAAAGCCUGCGAUGUGGACGCGGUAUUACUCUGUUCCAGAGCACAUGCAUUACUGAGUGGCAGUCUUACUAACCAAUAGAGUGAGAGUACCUCCGUUCUCCAAUCAGCUCUGCUCUAACCAACUGCAUAAACUACCAUUUACCAUUUAAAAAAAUUUAAAUAAAUUGGGAGAGAGAGAGAGUGUGUGUGUGUGAUUAUGGUGUCUACAGGGUCAGAUCUAUAGUUAAGCAAAAAGAAAAACUGGUAGCACUUUAUUUUAC